UGUGAGCAUAUAAAUUCUCUCUCACACCACACUUACACACACACACACCCUUACACACACUUACCUUCCCAAGCCUGUGUAUUGGAUCUUCACUCCACACCGGACUCUAGCAGUGCAAAAGAUGCUGAAAUCUCUGCGUUACCAGUUUAAGAUGAGCCGUCUCAGUAAAGGUGAAUCGUGCUCCAUCUGGUUUGAGGGAAGUGUUGAAGACGAGGAAGAUGACGAUGAAGACUUCCACAUGGUGGAGGUGCAGGAUGAGUGCACAGAUGGACAGAAGCUGGAAAACGAGUGCACCUUCUGGGACGUCCCCCGUCUGCUCGGACUCGAGGGAAUCACCUCGAACAUCACGUCUGAGGAUAGCAAAGUGCUGAGUAUCACGCAGAUACAGCAGCUCUCUCACUCGCUCCCUGCUACAUUAAGGCUGUGUGAGUGGAUGUUAACGUAUCGUACUCAGAGCCACGGCAGCAGUCUGAGGACGCUGUACAGAACCACCAACAAGCUGGACACCUGCAUGAUCGUCCUCGUUAAAGACACCUACGGACAGGUAUUUGGUGCUGUUUGCUCCGCCCCUCUCAGAGUUAGCUCCACCUACUAUGGCACAGGACAGACCUUUCUGUUCUCAUUUUCUCCACAUCUACAGGUGUACAAAUGGACGGGCAUUAACUCCUACUUCAUUAAAGGAAGCGUGGACUCUCUGGUGUUCGGAGGAGGACUAGGCCGGUUCGGUCUGUGGCUGCACGGCGAUCUGCUCCGGGGCCGCAGUCAGCGAUGUGAAACCUUCGAUAACGACGUGUUGUCCUCAGAGGAAGAUUUUAUAAUUAAUGAGCUGGAGGUGUGGGCUCUCGUUUGACUGUACACCUCACGUUACGUUAUAAUCUGAAAAAGAACCAGGCCGACCUCAGCAUCGGCUUCGACAUCGGCAUGUGCAUGAGCCUCGGCUCGGCCUGAACGAGGCAGCGGAGCACAUUUCACAUGGAUGGAAUCGCUGACGGCUCUGAUGAUGAGCUUUCACACAUGCUAACAUGCAUCACGAACCAUCACCACGCACUCAAGAUCUUAAAUCACAUUUGAGGAAUUGUCACGUCUUAAAUGCAGAUUUCUGAGGAUCAGCGUGAUUCGCCACCAGAGGGAGCUACAGCCUCAGAGAAAGACAGAACUUUCUGGAUUUGAGCCAAAGAGAAGAAGGGAAGAAAUGGCUUUAUGAAUGCUAAGCAUUUUAACUCAUGUUAAAUCCAGGUCAUGGAGGAAACAGUAGGAAUCACUAUGUUAUAAACUUCUAUUUGUUUCUAUUCAAUUGAAUUUAGAUCUGUAUGUGAUUAACAACAAUGACAUCACAAACUUAAGGUCACAUGACACUUAUUGAACUAUGGAGGUAUGAAAUUGAUGUGCGAAUUGGUGGUCUAUCCGAUCUGGCCUCUAUAUUCAGAGUUAAACUUAAUGGUUUCAUUUCCUAAUGAGAAUUGAAAUGAUUUUCCCAUUACGAUCUAAUGGUUUUAAUGGUUUCCAGUUCAGCUUCUGCUAUUAAGUUCUAAUUAAAACCCUGGGUUAUGUAAACCUAUAUAAUAGAUGUAUCAGUGAAGUAUUCUUUAGAUUUAUUCUCUAGUGGCUCUCUAGUGGGAAAAUAAAUGUUCUAUAAAAAUGAGAGUUUUCAUUACAGGCCAUUAUGAUAUUGCAACUCUUAAAAAAAAAAAAAAUUGGAGAAUGUUAAAAAAAAUAAUAAUAAAU